CGUCAUAGCCUCUCUCCUGUACGCCGCCCCGCCUCCUCAAAUUGCCGAUGCCUAUGAACUUUCCACGCUGCAAUGGUUUUGGCCUACCGGGUUUCCGUCCGGCUCCACUGUGUCUCGUACUUCACUUCUUGGCCACGGUUCUCUACUUUACACCACGACUACGCCUGGAGUUUUGUCACCAGGGAGCCAUGGUCUUGCCAGAUGACAGUCAGUGGGAUGAAACCACCUGUGACUUGGCUGUUUGUCCACAUCCACAAUGCUGGGCAGCUGUCCGUCGAAUUGAAAGGGGCCAUCCUCGAAUCCGGAGCUCACCCUGCAAAACUCCUGUGGAUGCUGAAGAUAAACUCCCAGGGCUCACAGUUGUAAACAUCUCAGAUUCCUGCUUCCAGGCCAGGAGACUUGCUCAUCAGCAGUCACCAGAAUUUGCCUUCACUAAAGCUCAUUCUUUGUUGUCUCAAGGCUCCAAGCUUGCCUCCAAAUUUCAAGGCAGGACUCAGAAAGGUUUACCUGAGAAAAAUUUGAUCAACUAUCCUAAGAGAUUUCCCAAAGAAAGUCACAAAAAGCUUUCAGUGUUGAAUUUGAAUGAGACACAGCUUCCUUGCUCUGAAGAUGUUAGAAAUAUGGUUGUCAUCUGGAUCCCUGAAGAACUAGGAAAGAAUGUGUACUUACCUGAGAAGACAUCUCCUCUCCCCAGCCAAAAUGGGAAACAGAAAAGAAAGGAAUCCGCAAGGAAAACUGAGUCAUCAAAAACCCCAGGGAAGGCUGUGCCACCCCCCUCCCCGGUGCGCGCAUCUGAGGAUUUAAGUUCAGAAAUGCCUAUCUGGGCCCACAACAGCACACUACCUCAGAAUCUGCUGAAGGAGCUUUUGCCACAUGGAGAGAAUAACAUGCCUUGUCCAGAGAUGAAAAUACAAUUAGACAGGAUGAAAAAGAGUCUUCCCCUGGAAAAGAACCGACCCGACAGUGCCAUUUCUUCUAAGAUGUUUCUAACUAUACACCGCCUCACCCUGCAAAGACCAACGUUGCAAUAUCCUGAACAUCGGAAGAAAUUACAUUCUACCCUGAAGAGAGAAGAUUAUAGGAAGCAGCAGCAGUGGCAGCAGCUGCAGGAGAAGAAGGAGAAAAACCCUCCUAAGGAACAGAAAGCUAAAAAGAAAGCCAAGAGUGAACAGGGGAUCCAGAACACUUCACAAAAACAUUCAGCUGCUGUUGCUUGUAACCCUCUCUGUGGAAUUGAACUUACAACCUCAUGCUUGCCAGGUCAGGAAAGUGACAUGAAGCAGCAACAGCAGCAGAUGAAGACUGAAGGAGCCACCUUGGAACCAGUUUCCAUAGAGAGUUCAAGAAAUGAUCACUCUGACAAGUUUCUGGGUAUCUUCCCUGACAGAAGAGGUUCAAAAAUGUCUAUGAUGGAACUCCCUUGCAAGGAUGUUAAUGCUUCAGUGGAGAUGGUCCUGGAAGCCCCAGCUGCCAAUCAAGAGAAGAUCCCUGAAGACCUCACAGAAAAUGUGGCUGAAAUAAGCUGGAAGCCUGAGCUCCAACUGCUGAGGAUUCUUCAGGAUACUGAUGUUGAGGAGGAGGUGAACCAACCCAGUGUGGCAGAGAGUGAAGAUUCUUGGGACACAUAGACUGAAGGUGCCACCCAGGGCACUCUUCACCAGAGCAGGAUGCUUGGCAUCCCAGAGACAGUGACCUUUGACAUAAGGCUGAAAAGAGAGGGUGAUUGUGCUCCCCCCAACUCUCUUAAGACCUCAACUUAGAGAUUUUGCUUUUUAUUCACUUUUUACCAGCUUGUAAAAUAAGUGAGGGAAAAAAGUUCCAAACUUUCUCAGUUUAAGUGACUUCUCUGCCAUAGGGUCAGAAUAAUUUUAAUGAUUAAACACAACCAAGUCUCAAACAAAAGAUACUCUGUGUUUUUUGGAGGAGGGUAGAGAGCUGUUUCUUAGUAUGUGUUUUUAGGGUCCUUUUUAUCUGUUCUGUGAAGCUCUGAAAGGUUUUCAAUUGUAGGAAGCUAAAUUUGGCCUAUGGCAACCUCCAUGGCAUUUCUGGAUUUCCUUGUUGCUUCCUUUCUUUAGGAGGUGGAGUCCACAUCAUUACUAAAUAAUAUUCACUGUGUAUGGUAUUGGACUCAUUGACCUGGGAGAGCUUAAGGCUCUAGUUUUUAAGGAAUUGAGUUUGCUGGGAAGUUUCAUUGAUGCUAAUAAAGACUCAGAAUUUGAGAGUCUCAA